AUGAGUGAAAACCUAGAUCAUCAAGUCAUUUUUGCUGCUUCAAUAUUAGCAUCAAAAGGUUCAUUACACAAAUUAUCCAAAUUAUUAACAAAUUAUAAUAUUGAAACCCAUAUAUUAUUACAAAUAUUGUUAAUAUUAAUACCUGAAUUAACACCAUGUGAUGAUAUUGUCAAUUUAUUCAAAUCAAUUAAUGAUGUUGAACCUAUACAAAAUUUAGAUUUCAUUAAAGAAUUCAUAUCAAAUGAAUUUGAAUUACAUGAUCUUUUACAAUUAUCAAAUGAAAUUUUAAUAAGUCGUACAACUCAAUUGCAAAAAUAUCUUAAUGAACAAAGCUCAAAAUUUGGGUUUUCAGAUGAUAAUUAUACAAACUUUGUUAAGGCAAGAGUACGUAAAAUUUUACAAAUUAUUCCAAUUAUUCAUUCACAAGAUUUAUUAUUUAAUUUAGUUUCCCAGGAUGAAAAUUUUCAAAAUUGGUAUAAUGGUAUAAUAAUACCAUAUGAAUAUUAUUUAAAAAUUAGCUUAGAUCAGAAUUUAUCAUUACAAAAUUUUGAAAAAAUUGAUGAAAUUUCUAAAAUUUCUUUAAUUAUAAAACCUAUUGAAAUUUCAACAAAAUUAAUUGAGACUCCAUUAAUUUCAUUAAUUCAAAAUGUUAAACCUGAAUCAUUUUUAUCAUAUCUGGAAACUAAUCAACCAAAAUCUUUCAAAUCAUUAAAAUUAAUUCUGGAAUUGAUUACCCAAAUAUUACCAAUUUUUGAACCAAAAGAUCAAUUAAUAAAUCAAACAUUAAACAUCAUUUACAAUUAUGAAGAAUUAUCAGAAAUUUCAUUAAAUUUAAUAAAUGAAUUAAUCCUUCAAAUUCAAGAAUAUUCAAAUGAUUCAAAUGUUUUAAAAUUAGCAAAAUUAUCAAUUUCUGCUAAAACUAUUAAAUAUUAUAACAAUUCAUUGAAAUCCUUAGAUUUAGUUUCAAACAAUCAUAAAAGUCAAUUAUCUUUAUUCCAAUCAAUACUUGAAAAUCAAAUCAACCCCAAGACAACAAAACAAGAAAUUAAUCAAUUAUUUGUAUUAAGACAAUCAAUAUUUACAAACCUAGAAUUACAAGAAUAUAAUAAAUUAAUCAUAUCAAAAUUAUUAUCGUUAAAACUUUUCAAUUUAUUAUCAUCAGAUAAUAUUGAAGAAGAUCAAAUCAUUGAUUUUUUUUGGAAAUGUUUUAAAAAAGCAUCAAAUGGUUCUAAAAAUAGAGGUGAAAUUCUUAAUGCUUCAAAUGCUUUAAAAAUUGUUAAUAAUCCUUCAUCCAAAAUCAUGAAUUUACAAAAAUUAAUUGAUUCAAUUGAUGAAAUUUCAAAAUUUUCUUUAUAUUUCCAUAAAAACAAACCUCUUGUCCCUGGAGAUUUAUUAAAAUUUCAAGAUUCUUCAAUUAUAAUUGAAAAAAUAUUAGAACUGAAUCCACAUGCUUAUUUAAAAUUUGAAAAAUUAUAUCAAAUAUCUGAAAAUUUAUCUCAAGGUCUUGAUAUGAAAAGAAUUGAUUCAUUUGAUUUGAAAAUUCUUUGUAUAAAGAAUUCUUUAGUUAAUAAUGAUUUCUCAUUUGCUUAUGAAAGUUCAAUCAUUUUAUUUGAUCAAGAAACCACAGGAGAUAAAUUGAAUGAUAAUUGGUUGAUUUUUUUCCAAGUUGGGAAAUUUUUCUCACCAGAUUGGUAUGAUUAUGAACAAGGUAUUCCUGAAGAAAUUUUAAAAAAACAAUUAAAUUUAUUAUCAAAAAUUUUAAAAAUUUGUCCUGUGAAGAAUAGUCAGAUUGUUAUUGCACAAUGGAGUUCUUUAGAUAUGGAAUUAUCUCUGAGAUGA